AGCUCAACAAUUUCAAUAUGUCAGAUGUCAAAAGUUAAACGUCAGAAAGUGUCGCAAUUCUUGAUUUGUCUCUAUUUUUAUGGAAAGUGAACUAACAUUUCAUUACAAAUAUUGAUAGAAGUUAAUUUUGCAGUAAGAACAGGUGCCGAUGGAAGUUGUCGGCAAUAAUUUCAUGCCAGGUGAUACUCGACUUGUUGAACAGUUGGUGUACGAACUAAAAUCACAAGGUAUUUUUGACCGUUUUCGGAAAGAAUGUAUCUCAGACGUAGACACAAAACCUGCCUACCAAAAUUUGAGACAGAGGGUCGAGGGAAGCGUCUCCACUUUUCUCAAACAGCAGGUAUGGAGUCCCGAUAUGAAUAAAAACCAAGUGCGCGAACAACUUCGAAAAAAUAUCUAUGAGUCUGGGUAUUUGGAUACAGGAGUCGAACGCAUUGUAGACCAAGUCGUGAAUCCAAAAAUCAAUACCAUAUUUCUCCCAGAAGUGGAAGACGUAGUGUACAGAUUUCUGGGUGUAGUAAAACCAGUUCGAGAUGUAAAAAAAGAUGUGAAUGUAAAAAUAACAGAUCUCCUACCUACUGAUCUCGAAGCGGUUUCUCCAGACUCUGUCCACAGUUUCAAAGAUGAUGUGAAGCGAGAAGUAAAUAAUGAUUCACUGAACUCUGGUUCGAAGCCCGACGAAGAUGAGAGCCCUCCUUUCGAACCGCUAGAUGCCGCCAACAAGAUCGGUCUUGAAGAAAAUUCGGUAGACUCACAUCUAUCAGGAUUUUCAGGCCUGCAGAGUCACGGAUCUAACAACAGCAGCGACAUUAAGGUAUGUCAGAUGGAGAUAUCGAGCCAGGAUUCUCAAGUGUCACACAACAGUUCAGAAAGCAGACUUUCCAUCGUUACAUCAGAAGACGUAACAAAAAUGGAAGUUUGUGAAGACUCCAACUCGAAUUUAACGAAAUCAACCGUAGAAAAACCUGCGCCUGAAACUUGGAACGAAACGAAAAUGGAAGUAGACCAAGUUGCACCCUCUGAUGAGAUUGAUAACAGCCUUAGUGAAGAUGUAAGAACAGAGGAAGUUCGUAGCUUCAACGAGAAUGAUAUCAGUUCUAAGACAGAAGAUGUGAAGGUAGAAAACGAAAAGAAAUCUGGGAAGACUGAUGAUAAAAAAAAUGAUAAGAGGUAUGAUAAAACGAAUGAGAAGAAAUCAAGAAGUUCAGAUAAAUAUUACUCGAAGGACAAACGGGAUGAUAAAAGGAAAAGCAGCAGCAGCAGCAAAGAUAAGUCCUCUUCAAAGCAUAGUUCUUCCAAAGAAAGCAGUUCUAGAUCCAAAGAGAAAGAUAAGGACAGAAGUAGAACAGAAUCUAAGAGCAGUUCCAGUACUAGAGAUAAGGAAAAGAAUGAUAAAAGUAGGGAUAAGACUGAUAGGGACAGAUCUGAUAGAGAAAAGAAAGACAAAGGAAGAGAAAAAAGCGACAAAGAAAAAGGCAACCGAGAAAAAGAGAAGGAAGUAGAGAAAUCCGACAAAGAGAAACCGACGAAGGAAAAGUCUGAAAAGGAUAAAGUCAAUGCGGAAAAAUCUUCCAGAGACAAGGAAAAAUCCAGCAAAGAAAAGAACGACAGGCAUGAUAAAGAGCGAGAAAAGUCUGAUAAAGAUAAGUCUCACAGGGAAAAGGACAAGACCGACAAGGAAAAAUCUUCCAAGGACAAAGAUAAAUCGUCAAAACCGAAGGAAAAAUCUGACAAGCCCAAAGAAAAGGACAAAUACUCCAAGGAGAAAUCCUCUAAAGAGAACUCUGAAAAAGAUGGAGAGAAAGUCAGGGGUUCAGACUCCAAAAGUAGUAGCAAAGAUAAAGACAGGCCCAGUUCUAGUUCGAGGCAUUCGGAUAAGGAAAAGUCCCGUUCCUCGAAUUCAAGCUCUUCCAGAGACAAACCGAAACUGGACAACGGAGACAGCAAAUCCAGGUCUUCCGCCACAGACAAAACAAGGAAAGACGGGAAGGUUUCCGUCAACGGCAAGUCCUCCGGAAGCUCUUCUGAUUCGAAAAAGGAUAAGGACAAGAAGCGCGACUCGAAGAAGUCGUCCAAGGACGACCACUAUAGCUCCAAGGACAAAAGAAAUGACAGGCGUUCCAACGAUAGGGAUUCCAAUGACGGCCGCUGCGGAAAACAGAACUCUUCCGGUUCCUUAUCGGAAAACAACUCUUCACGCUCAGAGAAAAGCAGCCAGGAGUUGACGAGCAACAGUGGUAGUGGAGACUCUGGUAAUUCCGAUAGCUUGGAACGAACAGAGCCUGGGAAAAGCGAAGAAGUGAUGACCGCCACAUCCUGCAACGUCCAACGCCUCAUCAAACCGAAGUUCGCUUCCAACUUCCAAGAGGCCAGAAAGAUAAUGAAGAUCCGGAAGCAGCUCGCGAUGCUAGAGAGGCAAAAGAGGUUGGGCUUCACACAAAUUGAGUUGCUGGCGGAGAAUGGUUUGGUCAAGCUGAAGAAGCCCGCCAACCAGCAGAAACUCGACAGCAAGAGCUCGGGCAAGAGUGAAGACUCUCGUGAAGUUUCUUUAGAUAGGACAGUUGAUGUGUGCGAUGAGGAAACCGUUACGGGUGAUCCUGGGCGAAAGACUCCAGAUUCUCCUUUGACUGCGAAGUCUCUGAAGGUUACGGAGUUGAGCAAAGAAAACUGGGAAGCUCUGGAAGCAAGGCUGGCCCAAGAAAUGUCGAAUGUCAAAUACAGCAGCUACGAUUCGGACGAGGACAUGCCUUAUCCUGAGAGUCCGAAAAAGAAGGAAAGCAUGGAAGUGGUAGAAACUGUUGUCAAGGAAGUUGUGGUCGGUGAAGCCGUUCUCGAGGACUCUCAAGGUAGCAACGAAUUGGAGGAUUUCAAAGGUUUUUCAGAGGAAAAAUCUGAAAGCACCUCCUUGGAGUUUUUCAGGAAUUUCAUCUCCCACACAAUCAGCCAAGAAUCUCUUGUAAUGGAAAAACAGAACGAUUUAACGAAAGAAAUUUCACAGACGAAACGGUUGUCCAUUGUGAUAGACACAGAAGAAAUCAAUAAGAACAAUCAUAAAGCUGCCGAAGAAGAUUUAGACUGCAGUGCAACAGAGGAUUGUCGUUAUCUCGAAAAACCGACCGCUCUUGAAGAGGCGAACUUGCGAUUUCUUCACGAGUUUGUCGAUAAACUACAACGGGAAGUUUAUGUUUGCACGAAGGUGACGAAAAAUAAUGUCCAGCAUACUAGGAGAGGGAGGAAGAGGAAAGCGAAUGAAAUUGUUGAUGUUAAGAACAACAAUGACGCCCAUUAUAAACAAAUCAUUGUGCGAAAGAGAGGCAGGCCCCCUGGGUCACAGACCGUCCUAUCCAAGGUCGACAAAGAGAAAUUGUGCAAUAACACAGAUAUACUAUCGCACGACAGAUUCCCUCUGCCACUAAGUCCCGCCGAGAGUGACAAGUCCAACGACAAAAAGGAAGAAGAGAUUGUUAUUCCUGCUAAACGAAGAAGGAUUAUAGCUGCGCAAAGGUAUUCCAGCGAUGACCUCUACAAACCUAGGCCGGUGUUCUGCAGGAGGAACAAGGACGCCAGGAAGAGUUAAUUUUCUCUGAAAUGAUCGUGGGAAGUGAUCGUGAAGAGCACUUCGGUAGUUGUACCUCAUAGCUUUACAUAUAUUUUUAUACAGUAUUUCUACAACAAAUAUUAAAGUAUUAUAGACAAAUAUAAAA